AUGAUUGAUAAUUUUACCGUUCUUACUAAAGGAGGAUUGGUUUUGUGGAGCCAUACUGGAUUUCAGUUGAAUGGAAAUCCGAUCAAUGAGUUGAUUCGCUCAAUCUUGUUAGAAGAUCGUCUUUCGGAAAAGAAAUUUACCUAUCACAAUGAAUACUUGUUAACUUGGGUUCAAGAAAAUGAAUUUGAAUUGAUCUUCGUUGCAAUUCAUUCAAUCUCUAUUCAAAUUAUUUUCAUUGACACCCUUUUAGAAACAGUGAAACAAAAGUUUGUUUCCACCUUCAAAAAGACUUUGCAAGAAGCUAAAGGAAUCGGAAAGGGAAUGCCAUCUCUGAGCAAUGUUGAAUUUAAUUUCGAUAAAGAAUAUACCAAGAUUGUUGACAUGCUUGAAGAAAGAUCCCGAGAAGAAAAACAAUUACAAAAAGAAGGACUUCUCAUUAAGCAAUAUAAAAAGAAGGAAGAUAAGAAAAAUGAUGAUGAGGAUGAAUCUGACAAAAAGACAACAUUUAUUGAAAAACAAAUCAUGCAAGGAGAAGAAUUGUUACAAAAUGCCGCCAACUCACCAAAAACACCAACAAACAAAUAUGAAAAGAAGAAGAAGGAUAAACCAUCUGCUAAACCUGUCACUCCAGCUUCGGAAUCUGAUGAAAGUGACGAGGACGAGCACAAAUCUAGCUCGAGCCAGAAAGCAUCUAAUGGCGGUAUGAACGAGACUGUGUUGGCUAAUAUAGAGAAAAUGAAGAAACGGUUAAGUAAGGUAAAGAAUGGCCCAAAGAAGUCUUCAAAGAAAGUAGACUCUCCAGAGGAUACGGUUCCAGUAGCCACAAAAACAAAAACUAAGAAGGAGGCAACUACUUGGGAUACCUUUGAUACAACUUACAACAAGAAGAAGGAAGGAAAAAUUGACUUUUCACGUAAAGCUGAAAAUGAAGAUGACGAGCUCCAGCGUCACAAAGACAAAUAUUUGCCAAAUCCAAAUCAACAAACAGAUAUCGAUGCAGAUUUAGAGCCAGAAAGCUCUGAGGAAGAAGAAGAGGAAGCAGCACCAAAGAAAGGAAACAUUUUUACAUCAUUCUUCUCCAGCUUGACAAAUGGCAGAACUCUCACAAAAGAGGAUCUCGAUCCGGUAAUGGAAGAAUUCAAGCAAUCAUUGAUGAAGAAAAACGUCGCCCAAGAAAUUGCUGUCAGUAUUUGUGAUUCCGUGUCAGAAGGUUUAGUUGGUAAAAAAUUAGGAACAUUUUCGUCAGUUAAAUCCGAAGUCACAAAGGUGUUAGCAGAAACCCUCACAAGAAUCCUUACACCAACUAGAACAAUUAAUAUUCUCAAAGAAGCAUCGACAGCAAGAGAACAAGGAAGACCCUAUGUCAUUGUAUUUUGUGGAGUGAACGGAGUUGGUAAGAGUACUACCUUAUCAAAGAUUUGCUACUGGUUGUUACAAAAAGAGUUUUCUUGCUUGAUUGCCGCUUGUGACACAUUUAGAUCAGGUGCUGUUGAGCAAUUGCAAGUCCACGCUCGUUGUUUAGGUGUACCUGUAUUCCAAAAGGGUUAUGGAAAGAACGCAGCCAGUCUUGCUAAGGAAGCCAUUGCUCAUGCCAAGAAGAACAAGUACGACAUUGUCUUGGUAGAUACUGCAGGAAGAAUGCAGGAUAAUGAACCUUUGAUGAAGUCAUUGAUCGAACUUAUCCAAGUCAAUCAACCAGACCUCGUUCUCUUUGUUGGUGAAGCUCUGGUUGGUAACGAUGGUAUUGAUCAAUUGCAAAAAUUCAAUUCUUCACUCAAGAUUUUGGCUCAAAAUGAAAAUUCCACAAAACAAACUAAGGACUUGAUUGAUGGAAUUGUGCUCACGAAAUUUGAUACCAUUGACGAAAAGGUUGGGGCAGCUGUUUCUAUGGUUCACAAGACAGGACAUCCCAUUGUGUUUGUUGGUGUGGGUCAAACCUAUACCGAUUUACGAACCCUUAAAGUAGAAUCUGUCGUGAAAGCAUUGUUGAAGAAUUAA